GUUUUAUAUCGGAAGCUGCAGACUCUACCACUGUAGGGCCGCCAGCUACUUUGUAAACACGUUCGCUUGUACUUGGCGAGUGUCUACAGUCAACUCUUCGGAACUUGUCGAGUCUGUUUCGUUUCGUAGCCUCAUAACAAAUUGUUUGAUAUAAUUGAGUGCACUGACACAUUCUCAAUACGAGUGGUUUGGAUGUUUCUCCCAUGUAUUUGAGUAGUUCGGAUUUUUUCCACGCAAAAUCUUGUCUUGGUUCGGUGAGCGCGCUUCUACCUGGCGGAGCUCAGCCGAUUGCGUGUUUCGUCAUCAUGUGCAAAAGAAACGGAGCAGAGGCAAAACACAGAACUCGCAGACUUAUUAAACACUCGAUGAAAUGUGCAUAAAACGAGUACUGCUUAUGUGCGUGCGGCGCUUGUGAUCGCUCGAAUUCUCUCGGCAACAAGUUUUUUGUAAUCGGCCCUGAAGUCAUCGGACAAACUACGAUCGCCUUUUUCUUACCACAUAAAUAUACGGAUGUGGGCACGCAUGCGGCUUUCUGUGUGCCACUUCUCGCCUGCCACGCUGACGCUUCCGCCUUCACUUCCGUUAUACGGGAAAGUGCCUGCUUACCAUACAUUGCCUUUCUACACCAGCUCAAGGGGCUUACAUGCUGUCUAUGUUUGCCUUUUCCACCUGUGCGUUUGCAACACCGUGGAUGUUCUCUGACACCAAUAAGGAGGCGGCACUGUCGCAUAGCCACAAGGCGUCAAGAGAGGAAUUCCUCUUCGGUUCUCCAAUUGUCUCAUAAACCAAGGAAAGAGGAACUGUUCUUUUAGGGGGAAAUGGAUGACAUCAUUGCGAGCUCCAGUCCAGAAGCUUCUUCAGCGCUGGACUGGCUAGCGAGUGUCCGACGCCGAGAGCAGUCCCUGCACUGCAAUUCCCUUUACUGCCCAGAAACAACUUCGUCUCGCAAGACGACCUUCGCUCCACCAAAAACGCCACUGUCGUCAGCCCAGAAGCCACAGUGUAACAGCAAGAAACAUGCGGACCCAAAGAACGCCUCUAGUCUCCCAAGUCAGGCUAGAACACCAGGCGGUGCUUUAGUUUACCGCAAAUGCGUAGAGAAGAAAGACGCCAGCAAAGGGAAGAAACGCGACUCGGCAAGUGAAGAAAGAGAAGCCAAACAAUGGCUUUUUCAGGAAAACCCGCAAGUUUACCAGGCGGUGCACUCGCUCUGCCUCCAGAGGGACAGAGAAAAGCGAGUCUUGCACACCCAGCGCAAACAACCCCCGGCAUCAUCCCCCUCGCCUCCAGAGAGGGCCGACAACGGGGCUGUGUUCCGAAGGGAAUUCGAAAAGUCAGACAAAACAACGGAGAACCGUCUGAAGGCCUCAAAAGGCACUGCGAGAGGCAGAGACAACGGGCUGAGGAAAGUGCUUGAUCAAGGAUUUCCCGGAGUGCCUGACCUGCCGCUAAAGUUCGACUCCAAAUGUUCAGACACUCUGAGGAAGCCGGAGACGAGGAGAGAUCCAGAAAGGGAGGACGUCGCCUUCCCAGCUGAACGCACUGUCGUGACCCUCUGGCGAAUCCCCCAUCACGGAGACAGAACGAUUGCGAAAGCUCUUAUGCCGAAAAGUGCCGGUGGACUCUUGUACCGUGUCCUGUCGGGGGGAGAAGUUGUUUGGUUUGCUAUCCCUUCCAGAACGAACGAGCUCUGCGUAUCAAGGGAAGGACCCUUCUCUAUUCAGCCUCCGGAGGUUUCCAGGAUCUUGAAAGAAAUGUCCCAGAACGGGUGCCUCCCGGCUGCCGGCAACACGCUCUUAUUUUCUGCCAGCUGCCAAAUUCACAGACUCAACAACACAGAACGAAGCACAGACGCAGCUCUCCAUUUCUCAGGAACAGAGGACCAGGGAGACUCAGAAGAUGUCAAGACAACCUGGGAGAAGACAGGCAACGCGACACUCCUGGAGCAUGCGAUAAAAGCCAAGCGACUGCCACCAUCGUCUUCGAAUGUGCCCAUCGCUGCCUGUUUGUAUACAUCCUCGAGUUCCACGCUGCUUCCUCUCUGCCAUGUGCCAGCACCGCGUCGGAGUUCGUCUUCGCACCUGGCGCAUCCAAAACAGAAAGCCUCCGAUUUGCUCCAUGGACCCGAACGUGUCUGUACUUUCUCGCAUGCCACGAUUACACAUGACGGCAGCAAGUCGAGUCCGUCGAAGACAGCCGAAACCCAUCAGAAAGUAAAAUCUUCCCAGCCACUCACAGCGACGGAUGUCCAUUCUACCAAUUGGCAAGUAGACGUGGAAAAAGACAUGAGUGAGGAAAAGGAUCACGAAAGUAACGGAGAGUUGUGUCUCUGUGAGGUUGCGCUGAGCGCGUCGACAACAGCGGGGACCUCUGAGUCUACUCAGUCUUCCUCUUUCGCGGGAACCGCAGAGAUUUUCUCCCAGCCCUCACUCGCGUCGCUCGUCAAGUUCGCAGGCAGAGCAACGCGAGUUGAGGGGAGACAAAGAAUGUACAGAAACACGUCGACAGUUCUCGGGCACGGCUUCUCGGGAGACGUGAAAAUUUUCAAACACCGUAAGACGCAAGAAGUCUUCGCUCUGAAGACCGUUCUCAACGAGGAAGAGCGCAUGCAGCGUGGCUGGCGAUUCUGUAGCUGGCGAGGCAGGCGGACAAGCCCAGGUUCUUGCCCGGAAGGGACGUUGCUCGGUGACUCGCAGAAAUCAGGGAAAAAAGGAAAUGGUAAGACACAGAGAAACGUGGGCAGCGGUGAAAAUGUAGACACCCUGGGAGAUCCAGCAGGGCAAAGAGUCGCGACAGAUGCAGACAAUAUGCGGGAAACGACGGAGAGCACCGGAAGACACGCAACGGAAAGUAGACGCCCGAGAGGCUGUGGAGGCGAGGCGACGCGAGGGAAGCCUGAAGAACCAAAGACGACCAGAAAGAAGUUCGCGAAGGCUGAGGAAAAAGACAAAGAGAUGAAACGCGAUCUCCAGGCCAUCAUGGGAGAAGGCGUGUACGCGUGUCUCUCUGCCGAUCACCCUGCCAUUAUCAAACUCGUCGAGUUCAUUGAAGACGACGAAGGCGUUCACUUAAUCAUGCCCGUCUGCAAGGGAGGCCCCCUGAGCCGCGCAAGUUUGCGAAAGCUUCUGGGGCCUAAAUCUUCGGACCCCGCGAUGACGUUACAUUCAGCUGAGAAGCUCGAUCAGGCUGAUGGGGACGUCACGGCCUUUUCACCCUGGCAAAGCGAAAAAACAGAAGAAGAACGAAGAUGGAAAAGCUGGGAACGAGUCGCGAAAAAGUUCACCUGGCAAAUUCUCAAGGCCUUGAGGCACCUUCACACGCAAGGGAUCAUCCACCGUGAUAUUAAGGCGCAGAAUUUCUUGCUGGUCGAGCCGUCGCAUCCAAGACUCCUUCUGAUUGAUUUUGGAUUUUCUCUCUUCACUUCCACGAAUGCCCUCAACCAUCCCGACGAGGGCACUUUUUCCGAGCUGAAAGAGCGAAUCCUUCAGAGUUCGAAGAGUGGGCAAGAAACGAGCAGGUCUGGUCCGUCUUUCUCACAGCAGCUUCAUCCUCCGCAGGAUUUGCCCUACCUGCCCCAGACAAAAGUGAAUCCCGAGACACCUGAACCUUCCCAAGAGAGAGAGAAAGAAGAUUCCUGGCCGCCUCCGGCAAACGCCACUCUUCCCCCACGAAACCCGACGAAGCAUCCUUCGGCUGCUGCCGUGACUUACGAGGAACGAUCUCCGGAGCUUAAGCGGGGAAGAUGUGGAAACGAGAUGCCUCCACGCCGAGAAAAGAACCACAUCUGUCUGGGAGAAAGUGCUGCGAAAGACGCGGGAGAGCUCCCACCACAAACAGGCGGGAAAAACCCGCGAAGGGAAGAACUCCCCUUUACCGGUGACGCCUACUUUCUCUCUUGCAUGACACGCAACACAUGGAGAGGACCCAGUGCACUCCUCAGUAAACGUAUCGUUGGAACCCCGGGGCUGCACCCGCCCGAGGUUCUCCGACACACUUCCUACACUCCAGCAACGGACAUGUGGGGCUUGGGCCUCGUCAUUAACGCUCUUUUGACGGGGACGCUCAUGCCUGGACUAGCCAGCAGCGGAAAUCUGCUUUUCGACGAAAUGCAUGACAGGGUUUUAAGUCCCGCUUGUCGCGACUUCCUUGAGAGGUGCCUGAGACGGAGACAAAAGUUGAGAAUCACAGCAACGGAGGCGCUCUUCCAUCCUUGGCUUCAGGAGGAGCGACAGGCAGAAGACGCGAAAAUUCGUCUUCUCGUGCACUGCGCACAAAACACCGAUUCAUCCAUUCACAAAAUGAUCGAUAAUCUGCGCAGCUUUCCACUACAGUCGCUCUUUCACCGCCUCUUCUACCUUCUACUCGCUUACGCCUUGCCUCCCUCUGAAGUUCCCGAGGAAGUCGAAGUUCUGUUCUACGCCUUUGAUAAGUCCAAGAGAGGCAUGGUUUUCUAUGACGACUUCGUGUCGACCCUCAAAACCCUCGAUCUGUCAAUUCGAAAUCCUGAAGCUCUCGAGAUCUUCACCUCCAUGUACACCUCAACGCGGACAGUCUACAGUUCCCAGGGGUGCUGCCUCCACCAGGCUGUCCACGCUCUGGAGUUUACGCCUUUUCUUGCGGGUGUAAUGGAUAAGCAAGUGCUAUUGCAUGCCAACUCCCUGAGACGCAUUUUCUGUCGUCUAGAUCCCUCGCGGAAGGGAACUGUGGCUGUGAGCCAAGUGAUUUCUUUGUUGGGAUCGGAAGGGAGACUCCGAGAUGAGCUACGCCACUACUUGGAGGAUAUGGGAAUAGAAGCGAGAGGCUCUUUUUCCUUUGAGGAUCUGGCCAUUGCGCUUGCGAAGAAGAACGGUCUGAGGACCAUAGGCUCCAGUUCCGCUAAUUUAGUUCGUCAACAGGCGAUACUCUCACCACCUGGAGAGAGGUGUCGGUCUUCCCAGCACGGCAAAAACGUCUGCUCUUCAAAUUGCUUAGGUCGCUUGCUGUUGAAGCCGCUAAGCUUCUUUUCUGCAUCUUUGUCUCCGCGUGGACGGAAGCGGCGGGAGGGCACAAAAGGCUUUCUCGGAGGAGGCGGUUUGCGCUCCGAACGCAUGUUUGAGAUGCCGGAGUUCCCAUGAAUGCUCGCCCUCUGCAUGCAGCCAGGGGUCGUCCAAACACUCUAUGGAGAAGUAGAAACGCAACGAGACUCUCCACAUGAACCUUAACUUUCAUUGAUGCAACCCAAACGGCCCAACACAUCCUCCCUCCUCCAGCAGAACAAACACACAUAUCUACAAAUACUGUAUAUAUGCAUAUGCAUACAUGUGUGUAUCUAAAUGUGUAUGCAUGAUGCAUGUGUACAUGCAUGUAUCUAUAUACAUGCAUAUUGCACAGAGGAACGCAUGUCGACGGAUGUAUCCGAGACUCAGCUGAUAUCUUGACUUGAGUACAAGGACUUACUUUUGACUGGUGCGGUUCUGUCUCUUUGGAUGUUCUCACACGUGGAAAAAAAGUGAGCAACGGCAUGUCCACAUCCGAACACAAGCCUGCUUCACGUGUGACGGGAGGUGUACGGGGUAGGGGCGCUGUAAACCGAGAGAAGCGCAGCGCUUACUCUCUUCUCUGCUCGCUGAUGUUUUGUACCUCGCGUUAAGCGCAAGUGCUAUUUGAAGACCUGAUCCGCGCCAGAGGGAACUGUUUGUUUACUUUCGCUUGUCAUGUUUCGAGGAAACGCGUAGAUAUCCGUGUACACAUGCCUCUACACGCUGUACGAAUGCACAGUUGUAGAGUAAGGAAAUGUGAAUCUUUGCGGAGAUUCUUUAUGUAAUUGCCUUCCUCUUGUCUCUCAUAUCGUCGCACUGUGUGUCGCAUGUUCGGGGUUCUGACACUGAAGCAGCGCUGCAUGCACCGCAGCCGUUCAUCCCUCGUUUCAGUUCACACCCGGCAAGGCCAACUCCGCGAUCUUGUCCAUGCCUCCUCUUUGUGGUCUACAAAGGACACAAACACUUCUUCGUAUUCUAAUUAUAUAUAUACAUACA